UCAACUUCCAUGGCUACGGGCCGGUUUUUGGUUCUUCUAUUCACGAUCUUAGCUGGCGUCUAUUAUUUCGACCUCCACAACCAUCCUGCUGUUCAAGAAGCCCUCGAGAGACCCGCUUUUGCGUUCUUGGCUGCUCUUCGACAACAGAAUUCGUUAGCAGUUCCCAAUGUACCUGUCGUCGCGCCAGUUGACGCACCCAACCCUCAAGCGACUGUGGCAUCACCUACGGGCUCCACAAGAGCUCCAUUUACUCGCCACAUAGUCGCGGUCGGGGACCUCCAUGGUGAUGCCGGGAAUGCCCAGAAGGUCCUCCAAUUCUCCGGUGUCGUCGAUGCAUUUGGGAACUGGACUGGGAACGCCGACUUUUUUGUGCAGACGGGGGACAUAAUUGACCGGGGGGACGACACGAUCAAGCUGUACAAGUGGAUGGAGAGGCUGAGGGUGCAGGCUGCCACUGCCGGGGGACUGGUCAUGACGCAUUUGGGCAACCAUGAAGUUAUGAACGCGAUUGGUGACUGGAGAUAUGUCUACCCUUCGGAGAUCAACACCUUUGGGACUGUCGCAGCACGCCAGAAGAUGAUCUCAACUGGGAGCAUCGGCCGCGCAUGGGCCCAAAACUACACGGCAACUUCCCGCUUACCGCUCCACCCCCAUCUUGGCGGGCCAAACACUCCUUUCCCACCACCGCAUCACCCAAUCCACUUCCGCCGCGAAGACGACUACGAGGACGAAAGCGACCACACGCGCUACUACGAUCCAGAGGAGCCACUUUCCCACUCAGCGCUUUCCUUCGUUCAUGGCGGUCUGUCACCGACCUACUCAAACCUCGCGCCAUUCCCCACCAAGAUAAACGCGCUAUCAAGUUCGCUGCUAGAGAAACUGCAACACCGCGUCCAACCACCGCCCCAUCCUCCAAACCACUACCCAGGACUGCCGCAGGGCACCACCAGCGAGGAAGUCGAGUUGUACGACUCAAAUGGGCCGUUUUGGUAUCGUGGGUGGGCGACUGAUACUGAGGAACAAGUGUGCGUGGAUGUUGAAAAGGUGUUGGCGAGAACGGGCACGCGGCGGAUGAUUAUGGGCCACACGCCCGACUUCACGGGUAUCGUUUCGCGGUGCAAUGGGAAAAUCAUUAUCAUUGACACGGGAAUCUCACAUGCCUAUGGAGGAGUUUUGUCCGCCCUGUCAAUCCAUUACACCUUUACUCCCGUCGAAAGCGAUGACGGAGAACCUCGCUGGGUAGAACGAGAGGUUGUGUCGACGCUCUACGCUGACAGACAAGAGAUUAUCGUGGACGAGGCACGUGAACUUGUCGGCAACUUUCGAUUCCAAUAG